GCGCGACUUAUAAUUGCUGUCACAGCGACGAUAGCAUUAGCUGUAUCGAAAAACGAGCAAAAUACAAAAAUAUUUGUUUCCUAGCUGAAGUUUAUUAUAUAUUGCCGCAAAUAUUAUCAUUAUAAAGCAAAAUACAGUGAGAGGCAAAGUUCUAGCGGAUUCAUAUUGGACAAACUUUGAAUGAGUAAGCCAGAAUGAGCUCAACAGAGUUGGAAAAAAGCACGAACGCGACUUCGUUCGUUAAUCUGCCAGUGGAUGACGGCUCACUAACCACUCCGAUGGCUAUCGGUGUGGGCAAAGCGAAUGCGGGCGAUAUUUCCAUGAGCGACGAGGAAGGGAGGGUUAUAACGACACUGGAAAGUCCAAAAUAUACUUUUACUUCCACGGCUUCUAAGGAUACAGUUAUAAUUCAUAGUCAAACUAUUAUCAGACCAGCUAAGGCAGGAUUGAAAGAGUUAGAUAAAGCGGGAAAAGAUGCAUCGAGCGCUAAGAAAACCGAAGAUUUACUAGCUAAAAUGAAAAGCCGGUUGAGUAAGCAGAUCGAUCUGAAACUGGUUACGCCUCCUAAGUCGCAGCAAUCGCCUGCGCAGGGCGAUACGAGUGGUUCUAUUGAAAUUCCACACGAUUUGAUACUGAGCAGUGACAUCCCGCAAACUCCACUUUCGUCAGCGGCAGCCGCCAAAGAAUUGGAGGAUCAUGAUUUAAUUGCUAUUCUAGAGGGAGAUGACGUUGAAAUAACGGAGAAUGCUACCGAGAUUGAGGUUAGGGUUGGCCGAGGUGAGGACGGCUCGUACAACGAUGAUCAGGUUUUGGAAGAGAUUCAAAUAUCUUUUGUGGAUGAACAAGAUGUUGAGCAGGAACAGAAGGAUCGAGAAAAGGAAAUAGCAAUGAGGCAAAUGGCAAAUUUGCCAAUUCUGCCAAAAGGCAGAAGACCUAAGAGCAAGACACAAGUACCAUUUCCUGUGAUUCCCAAAUCUCCAAAUGGACCACCGAAGUUGGUUACCAUUAAAGGGCAAACAACUAUCAAGCCCGUUCCAAGACCAAUUGUUAUCAAAAACGAACCCGAGGAUGAGAUCUCCCCACUCAAAAAACACAUACCUGUCUCGAAACCUGUUCCGAAGGUUACUCCGGUGGCUAUCCACAAAGCCCGUAUAAUGUCACCACCCGCAACACCAAAAACGGUUAUUCCUGCUCCGAAACCGUCACCGAAAGAUAUUAUCAACUCACUGGUAUCGGAUUGGGACGACGAACCAAUUGUUCUGAAAGAAGAGCAACUCAGUCCCGCAAAACAAUCGCCAAAGCAACCACGCGUUUCUACGAUGGGUCCUCCUCCGAUGGGCCCUCCUUCAAUUGAAGAACCGCCCAAACGAUCCCGUAUUAUAAAAAAGAAAAUUAUUUGGGAUCCUGACAAUCCGGAAACACAUAUGUCCUUCGCGAGUUUUGUGAAGUCCAACAGAGCCAGAACACAGCCUGAAGAACCGGAACAUAAGGACACGCCAGUCACAGCGCGACCGCCAGGUACAGGCUUUCGCCGGAAGCGAGCGGAAUCUGUAGCGGUUCACAUGAUAAAAGAUACUCCGUACAUACCGCCACCUUUUCUGAAAAGGGCAAGAACACCUGAACCCGUAAACAAAACCAUUCGUCCGAUCAGCAUCCCGAAGGGACCCACCAUUACACGCAAGAAAAAAAGUGAAAUUGAAAAACUUCUCGGAGAUGAGGGCGCCAUCAAUAUGCUAUACGAUGUUGAAUGUGAGAACAGCAACAAGGAUCUGCUGAAGGAUGCAGAUAUAAACUUGGAUUCCGACGAUGAGGAUGAGAAGCUGCAAGCAAAGGCGAAAAUAAUAACCGACGCGGUCAUCAAGCAAGGGACGUCUCCGAACGAAACCUCAACGCAUGUCCCGCGAGUUAGAACAAAACGUGCAUCGACACCCCAACAGCAAACAUCAGUGAGCCCAGCUCCGACAUUGACAACCACUGUAACCACCACUCGUAAAUCCGCAGGAACCGCAGGAAGUGGACCUGGCCGCAAACGUAAGCAGACUUCCGCUUCCGAUGAUUGGGACUAUGUGUACAGCUCCCGCAAAACUAAUGAUGACGCAAUGAUCAUUCGUCGACGCUCGAACAGCUCCUACUCCAGCUCGACCAGCCCGAGAAGAUUGAGUGUUGAGCAGCAAGCCGCCACAAACGAAACUCCGACGGAACCGGCUGAGAGUACAAGUUUUGAGUUCGUCAAACCAUCGAGUAAAAUAUCACCCAAACCAGGCAACAUUAAGCUCGACUCAUCGCUCGUUGCAAACAUGAAAGGAAAACUGAGCAAAGCCCUCGGAAAUAAACCCAACGUGAAUGACGCUUUGAACGUUUCGAUUCCGUCGUCUUCCUCCGCUAGAGAACCUCCGGAAAAGAAAGCUAAAGUAUCCCCUAAACCGAAGGUAAUGAAGAGUGAAACGAUUACAACAACUGUAAAAGUCGCGGAGAACGGCAACUCAAGCUUAUCCGGAGAGUCUACACAGGAUAAACUUGACGAACUAAAAUUGAGUGAAUUGAGUUGUAAACUUUGUGGCAAUUAUGCUGAGGUGGUGUUGGCACCCAAAGAGACCAAGCUUAAAGAUGUGUUCACAGUCGAGCUGAUGAACGAACUAAAAGACGUACUAAAUUCAUUGAAAAACGAUCCGAUCAUCCGGGUAGUGCUGAUACGCUCGACCGGCAAGCAUUUCUCCCGAGGAAUAGAUGUUUCGUACCUGAUCCAACCCAACGCUGAAAAGCGAAAAAAUGCUGCGCAAGUUUUCAGCGGUCAUUUGCGAAACUUCCUCCAAAUAUUGGCCUCGUUCAACAAACCAUUGGUGGCAGCUGUUCACGGGGACGUUCUUGGACUGGGCGUCACAAUGCUACCCCUGUUCGAGGUAGUUAUUGCUCAAGAUAAUUCGACAUUCUACACCCCAUACGCAGUGUUUGGUCAACUUCCGGAGGCGAUGAAGAUUUUCAGCACGAGCAAGAAUUUGAAGCCAAAAGCUAUUACAGAUUUACUAUAUCUUGGCAAGAAGAUAUCCGCAACGACCGCUUUGGACUAUGGUAUUAUAACAGACGUUGUGGCGUCGGAGAAGCUACAGGACAGGGCCAAUAGCAUCACAAAGAAGCUAGCAUCCCUUUCGUCGCAGGCACACAAAUCAAUCAAAUCUAAUCUACGACAGGAAUUGUUGGGCCGAUUGUAUGAACAACUAGUUUCCGAACAGAAGAAACUCUGCCAGCAAUGGGUCACACCGGAGUGUCAGGAAAAGUUCAAACAAUUCGUCUCCAGGGGUGGAGAGUGGUGAUCCAAUUAUCCGUAAAACAACGGCGCUAAGCGUGUCUCGUGGUAAACUCCGAUGGAUACAAAGCAAUUUGGGUGUAAAUAAGUGAGAAUAUUUUUUUCUAUUUUCUAUAUUUUUUUCUAAUUUUACCCAAUGCCACAAUCCUUUGAAUUAGUUAAAAACUUUUUGGGCGAAAUUGAAAAAAACGAUGAAUUGGCAACAUCGCUUUUGUAAUAUUUUUAUUUUAUUACACCAUUGAAUUAAUACUUAGAUGCAGCAUCAUCAGAUGAUUUGACAUGUUAUGACUUGAAAGUUUGAUUCUUGACUAUUCAAGAGUUAAUUGUACUGCAAUUGACGAAAUUAGUUUUUUCUCAUCUUGAAUCCUAACGUACAUCUUCGAAUGACUCUGUGACUCUCAGCGUCGAAGAGCCUUGUUAGUAAUAUCAUGUUUAGUGAAAUGCAAUUUUAUUAUACUUUCUUUUAUAAUAGUUUUAUGUCUACACGGGGUUUGUAGCAAUUAAAGGUAGCGAGAGGUUCUGAAAGUUGUGAAUUGCUCUGUCAAUAUAACUUUAGGAAGUUUUUUGUUGGAAAAAUAUCACACAAGCAGAGAUGUGGAGUCGGUUUUGAGGCCUUAUUUGGAUAUGUUUGAUAGAGAUCAUAGAUUCUAGUUCCAAGACAAGUAGCUUUUUCAUACUUCCCGAAAUUAUCCGCCAUUGACCUUCAUCGUCCAGCUUCAGUCACUACAAAUACACUGACUGUCGAUCACCGCCGUGAUACGGAAAUGGUGUAUAAUCUUAUCAAAACUACUACUUUUACUACGCUGAAACAUUCUACUGUUUCCCAACUGUGUUAAUUUGAAAUCAUCUUCUGUCGGUAGAAUCCAAAUGCCCAAAAUAUUUAUCACAGUUAUGGCAUGAGAAACUCCAAUGCAUCAGCUCACUCUGAUCGCUCCGUCAACAUUUUCACGACUUGCAACCAUGUUCAAAAAUACUAUCACAUCGUAAAAAAAGAUUCCUCUCCUACCCUGUCGUUGUCGACAAUUUUAGAGUUCAAGAAGCAAAAAAACUGUUGGAUUCUGAUAGUUGGAAUAGAUUAGAUACACAAGAUUUUUUGUUACUUUAAGACAUAUAUUUUUUAUUUCAUUUCUAUUAAUACUAUAAAAAGAUUAUAAUAAAGAUUAUUGUCAAACCUCGAUUUAGA